AUGACAAUUCAAAUCUCACACAAACACCACGAUCAAAUCGCUAAGGAUGGCUUCACUAUCGUGAGAGGGUUAUUAACGCAAGAAGAAGUAAAUAAGUAUAGAAAUGCAUCUGAAAAUGUAGUUGAGUAUGCAAGAGAAGGUAAGUGGCCGGAAGUCAGGACCAGAGGGAAGCAGUUUCCUCCUUGGCCAAAGAAUUUUAGCCCUGAUAUCUGGGGAAUAUCUGGAUUAUUGAGCCCUGAUUUAGGAGUCUUGUCAACACCAUUUCAUGAGUGCUACUCGUCUGAUAAAUUAUUGGAUAUUGCGGGCGAUAUCUUACAGACAGAUAAGAACGGAUUAAGUAUGGAGCUUUUUAAUAUGCUUAUUAACCCUUUGACAGAUUUCGAUUUAGAUUGGCAUAGAGAUUAUAUCAAGCCGGAAGUUAGUGAAGAAGAAGAAGCUGAACAAUUAUUACAAGAUCCGUAUGCGGGAACUCAAUUCAAUUUACCCUUGACUGAGGAUAAAUGCUUAAUUGUUAUUCCUGGUUCCCAUAACAGAAUCAGGACGCAGGAAGAGCGUGAAAAGACUUCCAAUGAUAACAGAAAGGAAUUCAUUAAUGGACAAAUCAUAGUUGAUUUGAAUCCCGGCGAUGUUGUCUUUUAUAAUAGUAACAUUUUGCAUAGAGCUUCGUACUCAUCAAAAAGUACUAGAUUGACUCUACACGGCUCUUAUGGACAUGUUGACCAUGGAAAAACAAGGGCCAAAGGUGUGUUGCAACAUGGUGUAGCAGAGUGGUUGCCAAGAUUCGAAACCAACGUACCCAACUUGCAAUUAAUGAAAGGCAAAUUAGAGAACUUGGCUAAACAGUUCGAAGGUGUUGAUUUGGGUUACUCGCUUGAUGGAUAA